AUGGCCGCUGCAGAGCUUACACCAGAAGUUACGUGGGCGCAGCGCUCCUCCGCCUCGGACGCCGCUCGUAACUUCCUCUACGUCAACAUCAACGUCCCCGAUGUGCCAAAGUCCUCUGCCGACCUCAGCAUCACUCCAUCCAAUGUCUCCUUCACAGGCACCAACAUGAAGGGGGUUAAAUACCAUGUGUCUCUCGACUUGUAUGCCGACAUUGACCCCGAAAACAGCAAGUCGCACCACACUCCGCGCGGCGUGGAGUUGGUGCUGCGCAAGAAGGAGCUCAAGGCAGAGUACUGGCCGCGCCUGCUGAAGGAGACCAAGAAGGUCCACUUCCUGAAGACCGACUUUGACAAGUGGGUCGACGAGGACGAGCAGGACGAGGUUGACGACUACGAAGCCAACUUUGGUGGAUUCGGUGAUGACGGUAAUCUCGGAAACAUUGACUUCUCUAAGCUCGGCGGUGGCGCUGACUCCGAGUCUGGUGAAGCUGGCGAAGAUGAAGAGUCAUCGGAUGAUGAUGAGCUUCCUGAGCUUGAAGGCGAUACCCCGAAGCCCCCCAAGGAUACGGAGGUUAAAGAGGACAAAGAGGACUCUUCUUAA